AAUAAAACUGCAGUCAUUGGCGGAUGAAAUGACACGAAAACUCUGAAGCAAGCCUUGCUGUAGCCUGUAGCGUGCCUAAGCGCCCAUGGUCGCCACCACCACAUUGACUCAUCUCUCCCUCUCUCCCUCUCUGUCUCUCUCUCUCCAGUCCCCAGGCUUUUUAGGGUGCAAUUAAGUGGGUCGCAUUUAAGUGACUAUCAGCUUUAAAAGAUAGCAGUUAACUCGGUGUACACACUAUACACAGCGGAUUAGAAUUCAGAAGUUGAAAGUUUGAUUUGUUGUCCUGCAGGUUUUUGCAUGCCAUGUGAUGUGAAGUGGGAGUUCAAUUUAAAGAGAAGGGAUCAGAAGAUUUUCUGUGGAAAACGAAGGCUUCAUGAGACCAGAGAUUUAUCUUUUUGGAGACUCCAUAACGGAGGCCUCCUUCUGUGAUGGAGGUUGGGGUGCUUCUCUCGCCCACCAUUUUUCUCGCACGGUUGACGUGGUGCUGAGAGGGUACAGUGGGUACAAUACAAGGUGGGCUUUGGAGGUGAUAGAGAAGGUGUUUCCGGAGGUGAGUAGGGGUGGUGGUGCGCCGCUGGCUGUGACGGUGUUCUUUGGAGCAAACGACGCUUGCCUUCCCAAUAGAUGCUCUGCCUUCCAACACGUCCCUAUUCAUGAAUACAAGCAGAAUCUACACUCCAUUGUCUCCUUUCUCAAGAAGCGAUGGCCUACCACCCUUGUUCUACUUAUCACUCCUCCUCCUAUAGAUGAGGAAGGGCGCCUUCGGAAUCCUUAUGUGGAGAAUCCAAUGGGUCUUCCGGAGAGGACAAAUGAGGCAGCUGGUGCUUAUGCUAAAGCAUGUGUUGAUGUUGCGGGAGAAUGUGGGGGUCCAGUGGUGGAUAUUUGGACAAAAAUGCAGCACAUUUCUGACUGGCCAAGAGUUUGCCUAAGUGAUGGUUUGCAUCUCACCCAAAGUGGCAACAAAAUUGUGUUUGAGGAAGUUGUUGCAAGGCUAAGAGAGGAAGGCAUAAGUCUAGAAACUUUGCUGGUUGAUCUCCCACAUAUCGCUGAAAUAGACCCUAAUGACCCCUUGAAGUCUUUUUCUUAAUUGAAAUGUUCAUAAAAGCAUGUUUUGUACAACCAACUUAUAUGCCAACUAUAUUGUUAAUAGCUUUGCUUUGGCUAUAGCUGCGCCCUAGAUGAGUGGUUUUUGGUGAGAUGUCCUUAUGAUUGAAUUAUAUUGUUGAAUUGUUGGUUUUGGCUACUUGAGGGUAUUUUUUUGGCAUAUUUUAUGUGAACUUUUCCCAUAGAUGGA